ACAUGGAGGAGGUGGUUGGACUGGUGGCCACACUCGAGGGCAUGGUCCUGCGUAGGGAGGAACAGUUGUCUGUCGCGGGCAUUCAGAUGCCUUCAUGGUCCGGUCAGCCGCAGGCCAGGCCACCUGGGCCUCCUUGGGGAGCUGGGCCAUCUGGGCCUUUUCAGGGAGUUGGGUCACCCGGGCCUUUUCAGGAGGCGGGGCCAUCCCGGCCUUCCCGAGGAGCCGGGCCAUCUAGACCUUUUCGAGGAGCUCGGGGAGGGUCUGUCCGUAGACGCAGGACUCACGUUGUAGAGGUGGAGCCUGAUGAGGAGGAGGAGGAUGCUGAGGAGGAGGAGGAGGCUACUGACCGUCAAUCAGAAACAUCUGCUGAGGAGGGGGGCUCCGGUUUUGGUUCGGGGGACAGAGGUGAGGCUGAGGGGGAUCUUGAGGAUGACAGCUCCGACCCAGAUGAUGAUGAUGGCGCAGAGGUUGUCCCGCAGAAGAGGAUGAGGAGUGCUUCUCAUUUCCGUUCCUGAGGACAUUGAUGCCGCUGUUUCCAGCUUUAUUUUUCUUUUUGCUAGUAGUUUGUAGCACUUUGCACACUG